UGAGAAUUAGCGAUAUGCCUCUUAAAGAUACCCAGUUGUAUGGAAAUAUUAUAACAGUAUUUAAUUUAGUAAAAGAUUAAAAUAUCAGUUUAUGAUUAGUUGUUUGUGAACAAUUGAUUUAAAUAGUUGAUUCGGCUUCUUGUACGAUUGUUCGGAAAAAGUUUACGGUUCUUGAAAUUUUAUUUUAAAUUUACAACACAAAAAAAUGUCGUCAGUUGGGGAGAAGCCAAAAUUGGUGAAGGUUGAGGAAGCAAGACGUUUUAUGAUCGAUUGUUUUAGGGCCGUCAAUGUGCCACAAGAACAUGCCGAACAACAGGCCGAUUUAUUGGUGGCAGCCGAUUAUCGUGGUCACUUUAGUCAUGGCAUGAACCGUUUAGAAAUGUAUCUCAAUGAUUUGACCAUUAAUGCUACAAAUGGUACUGCUCUCCCUACAAUUCUUAAAGAAACUCCUUCAACUGCCUGGGUAGAUGGUAACAAUGGUCUUGGUGCCGUUGUAGGCAAUUUCUGUAUGGAUUUGGCCAUUAAGAAGGCUAAGCAAGUAGGUGUUGGUUGGGUUUGUGCAAAGAACUCAAAUCAUUAUGGUAUGGCUGGCUGGUAUCCCAUGAGAGCCAUGAAAGAAGGUUUGGUAGGCAUGUCCAUGACCAAUACCUCUCCCUUAAUGGCUCCUACCCGCUCUAAAGUAGCUGCUUUGGGUACAAAUCCCUUAUCUUUGGGAGUUCCCGCAAAGGAUGAUCAAUUUUUGCUUGAUAUGGCUACUACAGCUGUAGCUUUAGGUAAAGUUGAAAUACAACGUCGUAAGGGCGAGUCUUUGCCUCAUGGUUGGGCUCUAGAUACACAUGGUAAUGAAACUACCGAUGCUGAGGUGGCCUUUCAAGCAGGCUGCUUAAUGCCUUUAGGUGGUGCAGAAAUCAACUCUGGUUAUAAAGGUUAUGGUUUGGCUGCUUUAGUAGAUAUCUUAUCUGGUGUUAUGGCAGGUGCCAGUUAUUCCACCAAAUUGCGUAAAUGGACUGAUGUUGAUCCCAAUUCUACUGCUGAUUUAGGUCAAGUUUUCAUUGCUGUUGAUCCUAAUUGUUUUGCUCCUGAUUUCGAAGAAAGAAUGACCGAUUUUAAUGGUCGUUUGCGUAGCUGCGAACCGACUGAUCACGAAAAACCUGUACUUGUUCAUGGUGAUAAGGAGUCCAUGACAAUGAAAGCUGUUGAUGCCGCUGGUGGUAUUCAAUAUUUACCCAAUCAAUUACAAACUUGCGAAAGUAUAUCUCAACGUUUCCAUGUAAAACCUUUGAGUUUUGUUUAAUCUGAUUAAUGAACAUCUUAUCCAAAUAAACUUAAGUUUA